AUGGAUCUGGCCCCAGAGGAGCUUCAAUUUCUCACCAUCCCAGACAUCCUCAGAGAAUCAACCUCCAUCCCCAAACAGUCCCCUAAGACCUUCUACCUCAUAACCCUAACCCUAAUUUUCCCCCUCUCCUUCGCAAUCCUAGCCCAUUCCCUCUUCACCCACCCUCUCCUCAACCAGCUUCAAGGCCCGUCCACCGACCCGGCCCAGCUCCACCACAAAUGGACUGUCCUCCUCCUCUUCCAGUUCUGCUACCUCAUCUUCCUCUUCGCCUUCUCUCUCCUUUCCACAGCCGCAGUGGUCUUCACUGUCGCUUCCCUCUACACCUCAAAGCCCGUCUCUUUCUCCUCAACCCUCUCCGCCAUCCCCAAAGUCUUCAAGCGCCUCUUCAUCACUUUCCUCUGGGUCUCUCUCCUAAUGGUCUGUUACAAUUUCGUCUUUGUGGCUUUUUUGAUCCUUCUCAUUCUCGCCAUUGAUACCCAGAACCCACUUUUGCUUCUUUUCUCCGGCGUUGUACUAUUUCUUCUAUUCUUGGUUGUACAUGUUUAUAUAACCGUGGUCUGGCAUUUGGCCAGCGUUGUUUCUGUGCUUGAGCCCGUUUACGGGUUCGCUGCGAUGAAGAAGAGCUAUGAGCUGCUGAAGGGGAAGAUUGGGAUGGCUUUUUUGCUGGUGUUCGGGUACUUGUCCAUUUGUGGGGUUAUCGGAGGCGUUUUUGGGACGGUGGUGGUCCAUGGCGGGGAAGAUUAUGGGGUUUUUGUGAGGAUUGUGGUGGGUGGGUUCUUGGUGGGUGUUUUGGUGAUUGUGAAUUUGGUUGGGUUGUUGUUGCAGAGUGUGUUUUACUAUGUUUGCAAGAGUUACCAUCAUCAGGGGAUUGACAAGAGUGCUUUGCAUGAUCACCUUGGCGGAUAUCUUGGAGAAUACGUGCCUCUCAAAAGCAGUGUUCAGAUGGAAAACUUGGAUGUCUGA